CAUUCACACAGUGUCUCUCUGUUUCACCCAUCACACCCAAAAAUUUCUUGAAAACGUUUUUUCAAAAAAGCUUCCUCAUUUCUAGCCAGAAACAAGGGAAGAACAAAAAGCAACUUAUAGAAAAACAAAAAAGAAACAAACUUUAUGAUUCUCAGCAGCUGAAACAAAGUUCUGUUUUUGUUGUUGUUGUUGUUGUUGUUGGUCUUAAAACAAUGAAGAUGAAGAAAGUUAACACUUUUUUCUUAAUCUUUAUGAUUCUCACUUUUGUUGUUUCACUUCCUUUUGUUCAUUGCUCAAGUUCAACUCGUAUUUAUCGAACAAACGUGGAAGGAGGUAGUAGAAACUUGGCAAAAACAAGCAUUGAGGUUGAAAUUGCAAGGUUUAAGAAUGAAGGUGUUUUUGUUGGAAGUGUUGAAGAUUCAGCAAGAGAAGUUCCAACAGGACCUGACCCACUUCAUCAUAACAACAACCCUUUUGAACCAUGAGUGUUUGAUUUUCAUGAAAUUAUUAGCACUAUAACUAUUUAAUUUUCCUAUAGUACAUUUUGAUUUAUGGUUCAAUAUUAUUAUAUCAAGUAGUAUUAUUCAGUACUUAAGAUUUUGUAAUUUAUAUAUGAGCUUUUACAUUUGGGAUAUAUAUAUUUGUUUUUUU